AUGCUAAGACCGAAGGAUUUGUGUCAAGGCUCUGGCACAAAAACUUUCUUGGAGGCCAUGCAGAGCGGCAAAGUUCACCUCGCUCGCUUCGUCCUGGACGCUUUGGAUGGACGCAUCAUCAACUCAAGAGCUGAAAACGGUCGAACGCUACUCAUGCAUGCCGUGCGCCUUCAGGACAACUCUACCAGAUCAAAGUUCACCCAUUUGUUGCUGAUAAAAGGUGCGGAUGUGAACAUUCGAGACGACCACGGCCGCACAGCCUUGAGUCUCGCAUGUGAACAAGGCCACUUGGAUGCCGUAAAGCUCCUCGUGCAGUUCAACGCCGAUCCUGAAAUCACGGACACUUGGGGAAACAGCGCGCUCAUGUACGCCGCCUGCGGAGGACACAGUCGAGUCCUCGAGUUCCUGGUUAGGGCGUUCAAGAAGCUCGGGCUGUGGAUAGAGCGCCCCAACCACGCAGGCCAUUCCGCCGUGCAAGUAGCGGACUUCUUUGGACACAACCAGUGUGUUCAAGCCCUUAAUGGUUGUGGAAAGAAGACGGUAAGUCUGACCAACAGCACUGGAGAACCCGCAGAUGAUCUCAGGUGGUCCAAUCGGCUUCCCAAGCAAGUUCUAGAGCGCUUCUCCAAACAAAUACAGGGCAAAAGCGAAGAACUUUUCCCAGCCUUGUUUCAGAGACAGCUACGCGUGGGAGACGGCAACAGCCUGCAAACUCGCUACAGAUGUCAACCGCCGUCCCCUGACGGAGCGGAUAUGAACCACUGCCAAACUCUGAACAGAUUGGUGGAGAGACGGCCAACUGAAGAUGGACCGGAUUUCUUCUUUACUUCAAGACAUAUUCAAAACUCUGUUCUGAAAGAAGUGGGCACCACCAGAAGAACGGAUUUCAAUCCAGAACGGCUCAAACAUGAGAAUGAAGAUGCACCUCUCUGGGGAAAAGCCAAAUCCAUCAACGUAGACCUCUGCCGGAAACAGUCCUAUCAAGGUGACGUUCAUGAAUUCAACAGGUCUGCCACUAAAUUUAAAAGAGCGUCGCUUCAGGACGAGAAACCCCUUGUGGCAAAGUUCUACUGCCAUGAUAACAUGAAGAUAAAUGAUGCUGUGAAAUCAGAACACCUUGGAGGAUUUGAGAAAUCACAGAUUGGUGAGAGUAAAAGUAGAAAAGAGCGUGGUAGUACUCCCAAAGCUGGCAGACAGAACAAACUUCUCUUCCAUCGGGAAGAACUUCAACCUGAGAGAAUCAUGCCUCAUCCCACCGGACUCGCCGGACUUGGAACCAGACUGCUGCGCAGAUUCACAGCUCCAGAAUUCAUGAGGCACAUCACAGACUGCCCGACCGAGGAGGGUCAGAGUUCGAAAGGCAAAAUGUCCCGGUCUGAAACCUUUCCAUUCACACACACUCAUCAGAGAGUGAACAGCCAGCCGAGUGUGGACAGCAUCAGCGGGGUGAGAUGCGAAUUUGAGGGUAGCUCUGCUGUAUUGCACUCCUAA